CCGACUAAUGACUUAUUGACUUUGAUUAAUAAACAAAGAUAUUAGCCACUCCAUUCUACAUUAUAUACAAUCUAUACGCAUCUAUAUAUAUCUACUAAAAAAAUUGUAAGUACAUACAUAUCAAUGUUAAUUUGUAUAUAAGGAGCUAAGAACAAACCCAAUUAGGCAACUAGCAAUUGCUAAAACACGUAAGAUCUCAAAUAUGACCACGUUAUUCCUCCUUAUUGCUCUAUUCAUCACAACCAUCCUCAACCCAACAAGUGGAGAAUCAGUAGGUGUAUGCUAUGGAAUGAUGGGGAACAACCUUCCUUCUCAAUCAGACACAAUCGCUCUCUUUAGACAAAACAACAUCCGACGUGUUAGACUCUACGAUCCAAACCAAGCCGCUUUAAACGCUCUUAGAAACACGGGUAUCGAAGUCAUCAUCGGCGUUCCAAACACCGAUCUUCGUUCACUCACUAACCCUUCUUCCGCUAGAUCAUGGCUCCAAAACAACGUCCUCAACUAUUACCCCGCCGUUAGCUUCAAGUACAUCGCCGUAGGUAACGAAGUAUCUCCGUCGAACGGCGGUGAUGUUGUGCUCCCUGCCAUGCGUAACGUUUACGAUGCUCUAAGAGGUGCAAAUCUUCAAGAUCGUAUUAAAGUUUCUACCGCCAUUGAUAUGACUUUGAUUGGAAACUCUUUCCCUCCUUCCUCCGGAGAGUUUCGUGGUGACGUUAGAUGGUAUAUCGAUCCCGUCAUCGGGUUUCUUACGAGUACGAACUCAGCGUUACUAGCCAACAUCUAUCCUUACUUCAGCUACGUUGACAAUCCACGUGACAUAUCUCUCUCUUACGCUCUCUUCACUUCUCCUUCCGUCGUCGUAUGGGACGGCUCUCGUGGCUACCAAAACCUCUUUGACGCUUUACUUGACGUUGUUUACUCUGCCGUUGAACGCUCAGGCGGUGGAUCUCUCCCAGUGGUUGUUUCCGAGAGCGGAUGGCCUUCUAACGGUGGAAACGCCGCGAGUUUCGAUAACGCGCGAGCUUUUUACACGAAUCUUGCGUCGCGUGUGAGAGAGAACAGAGGAACACCGAAGAGACCUGGAAGAGGAGUGGAAACGUAUUUGUUCGCUAUGUUUGAUGAGAAUCAAAAGAGUCCUGAGAUCGAGAAGAAUUUUGGUUUGUUUUUUCCUAAUAAACAACCAAAAUUUCCGAUCACAUUCUCUGCCGCGAGAGACGGUACGGCGGUUGAGUGAUGAUUUUAUAUGCUGAGAUUUAUGUGAAUAAUUGGGAGAUUAUCCCAUAAAAGGUUCCAAAUAAAGACAAAUUUCAAAUAAAACCUGUUAGUCCAAGUUAAAUUAAAUACUCGGCUUUGUUUUGGUCCACGUUAGACUUGGUAAAGUCAUGCAAUAUUUUUAUUUGAUAUACACCAGACCAGACCAGACCUUUGAGGACACAGACGCC